AUGCCAGCAGCAAUUCUUGUUAAAGAAAACAAUGACUCAUUUACGACUUUUCGAAUAAAACUAGAAGCCUACUUUAUACUAAAUGAUAUAUCGGACAACGAGAAAAAGAGAGCAGCAUUGAUAUCGGCAUUAUCAACCUAUGACUUAAAUAAGGUUAUUUUAAAAUUCGCUCCGAAGUCAAUUAAUAAAAUAAAAUACGACGAUAUGCUAGAUUCGCUAAUAGACAACGAUAAAAAAAUUGCACCAUUGGAAAGUUUUCAAUUUUAUAAACGUACCCAAAGGGACGGGGACGCCAAUUUAGAAUUUCUAAAUUCACUAAAAUCUUUGGCACUUAAAUGCAACUUCAAAGAAAAAUAUGAAGAGAAUUUAAAAAUGCAAAUAAUUAAUGGCUUAGAAAGCAAAGAUAUCACGACAAAGUUAUUACUCGAAGAAGAUAUGGGUAUAGAGGAAAUUGAAAAACUCCUUCGAACCAUGGACUUGAUAGACGAAAAGGAAAAAACAAAAGGUAUAUUUUAUCGUCAAGCCGGAAAGGAACAAGAGGAAGACAAAAUAGAAAAUAAGGAAAUAAACUAUAUACAAGACAGUAAAAGGUAUAAUAGUAAUAAUAAUAAUAACAGAGUUCAGGAACGCUACAGUGACAAUUAUUAUCUCCACCAAACGAGAUUCGAUAACAGAUUUACUAGAUAUAAUAAUUAUGACAACUCGAAUUAUGGAAGAUAUAAUAACGUUAAUCCGCGGUACAAAUAUGAUAAUGAUAACAAAUAUUAUAAUAAUGAUAACAAAUAUAAUAAUAAUGACAACAAAUAUAAUAACAAUGAUAACUACCGACAUAAAAACUGGUACGACAACAAUAAUUAUUAUCAUAAAAAUAAGUAUCAAUAUUCUUACGAUAAGACAAGGGGACAUUACAACACCAACAAUAAUAACUUUAAAUACAACGACAAUCAAUAUUACAGUCAGACAAAAAAAACUUGCUUCAAAUGCGGUAGCGAUAAACAUCUGAUUAAAUAUUGCGAUAGAGACAAAGAGGAAGAUAUAUCGUAUAUAUACUCGAUGGAUAUCAAAUCUUGUAAAGAAAAAUUCAAAAUCAAUUUAAAUAUAGAAGGUAAGAAAACAAACAUGAUCCUAGAUACAGGAGCAUCAUCAAUCAUUUCAUUAAAGACAUGGUAUAAAAUCAACUCCAAUAAAACAAUUCAUGAUUCGGACACAAAAUUAAAGACGUACGAAGUGAAAGCUGAUGGACCCUCAUUGGUAGGUAUAAACUGGAUAAAGGAAUUCAGAGAAUUGGUAUGGAAAGAAUCAAUAUUAACAGGAACAGAAAACAUAUACGAUAAUAAUAACAAAAUAUAUUAUGUGGAACAAGAAUUAAAAGCCCUAACGGAGAAGUACGUAACAAUAUUCGAUAAAAAAUUCCGGGAAAAAGCACCCCACUCAAAAAAAUUACCAGAUUUCAUGCCUUGUCAUAUGACUUCCAUUAUCUAUUCUGUAAAUUCUUACAGUUUAGCACUUGUAUCAAAUAUCGAGAAAAAAGAGCAAGUCCCGUCAAAACGAAAGAUAUGUUCUAAGUAUUUUUUAAAGGAUAAAUUAUACGUUAAAACCACUAAAAUUAUACAUGAGUCUUAUAGAAACACCCAGCAUACGACUACAGGAGAAACCCCAGCACAGAUGAUGUUCGGACGGAAUGAUCGGAAUCAUCUUGAAAUGAUUAAAGAGACCACCCAAGAAAGCCGAUCAAACGAUACACAAACGGAACAGAGAGGUCAAUUUAGGAUAGGACAACCGGUGUGGGCCAAAAUGUACAACGACAAGGUAAAAUGGAUAAAAGGAACAAUAGUGGCUUGUGCUGGGAGGUGCAUAUACGUUGUGGAUACCUCCAAGGGCCGAUGGAGAAGACACCAAGAUCAAAUGCGGAAGAGAACAGACAUUCUCUAA